CUGCAUUCAGAUACAUCUAACAACACGUUGCAGAUCAGCCACAUCAUUGCUUGAACUGAGAAGGCUGACCGAAUGAAAAAAUGUUUCGAAAUUUGUUCUUUGUAAUAGAUGUUUUAUACCUCAGUGCCAAAUCAGCAGCAGGAUGAAGAGAAGCAGAACUUGCAGCAAGAACCAGGGGGAUUAAUUAGCAGGUGUAUAACAUCUGCACUGACUCCACAGACGUCCACCUCUUCACUGAGUGCUCAGACGUCCACAUCUGCAUUGACUCCACAAACGUACACAUCUGCACUGAGUCCUCAGGAGUCCACAUCUGCACUGACUCCACAGACUUCCACCUCUGCACUGAGUGCUCAGACGUCCACAUCUGUACUGAAUCCACAGACUUCCACCUCUGCACUGAGUGCUCAGACGUCCACAUCUGUACUGAAUCCACAGAUGUCCACCUCUGCACUGAGUGCUCAGACGUCCACAUCUGUACUGAAUCCACAGAUGUCCACCUCUGCACUGAGUGCUCAGACGUCCACAUCUGUACUGAAUCCACAGAUGUCCACCUCUGCACUGAGUGCUCAGACGUCCACAUCUGUACUGAAUCCACAGACUUCCACCUCUGCACUGAGUGCUCAGACGUCCACAUCUGUACUGAAUCCACAGAUGUCCACCUCUGCACUGAGUGCUCAGACGUCCACAUCUGUACUGAAUCCACAGAUGUCCACCUCUGCACUGAGUGCUCAGACGUCCACAUCUGUACUGAAUCCACAGACUUCCACCUCUGCACUGAGUGCUCAGACGUCCACAUCUGUACUGAAUCCACAGACUUCCACCUCUGCACUGAGUGCUCAGACGUCCACAUCUGUACUGAAUCCACAGACUUCCACCUCUGCACUGAGUGCUCAGACGUCCACAUCUGUACUGAAUCCACAGAUGUCCACCUCUGCACUAAGUGCUCAGACGUCCACAUCUGUACUGAAUCCACAGAUGUCCAGAGAUGUAUAAAGUACUAGAGACCCAUACUUAAGUAAAAGUACAAGUGCUUUAUCAAAAAUUGACUUGAGUAGAAGUAGAAGUGCUCUUUAAGCACCAUAUUUAAGUGGAAGUACUAAAGUAUUCAACAUUUUGUGUACUCAAGUAUUGCAAGUAGUUUAUUUCAAAAUUUACUACUCAAGUACUGAAAGUAAAAGUACAAGUAUUGUGUAAUGUAGUUAUUAAAGAAAGCAG